GGCAAGCUUACAAAGCCAAGGCUCUGCACAGUGCAGCAUCGACACUGUGAUGCUGAAACAGCCAUCUGCUAACACGGUCGCUAUGUACUUUGUGAGAUGCUUCUUAUCAAGAGACAGUCUCUAACAGACCAACUCUCAUAUUUACCUACUGUGGGAAUACAGCUAUGAACAACUCCCAUGGAAUCUGUGGAAACCAACUCUGUAAUAGUGGACUUUAGAAGAUUCCAAUAAUAGGAGGGAAAUAUAAAGCUUUUUGAACAGAGUGUUCAGAAGGAAACACUGCAUCUUUGCGAGAUCUCAGUUACUUAGAAGGACAAUCACACACAGGUCAAAGCCAUUUACUAAACUUAAGGUGAAAGAAGAAAGGAGAGCUCAACUGGCAAAGCUGAAUAAACAAAAGGAGGAAAAGAAUAGGAGCAGCUGGACUUUUACUAUAAGCCAUUGUGAACAUUAGGAUUGGGAGAUUAAAGUAGUCAGAGGAAAAGGACAUUGUUAGGGAAGUUGGGAGACUUAAGAUUUGUGGCAGCAGGUUACAAGAAGCUAAGGUUAUUCUACUGUUAAACAUGUCUGACCAAGACAUUGAAGACUUUGAAGCAGACAGUAUGUCAGAUACCUCUCGGAUGAUCCCAGGCCUCCCACCCUAUAACAUGGAAGACCAACUCCUACCUAUGGAGUCUCGGAGCAGGUGGGGGUGCUGGAUGUGGACCCUGCUUGUUACUGGAGCUAACUUUGUGGCUUUCCUGGCAAACUUCAUCAUACUGUUUUUUAUAUUCACCAUUGUCCUGACGCCCACUAUUGUUGUGGUCUACUUUGGGUUUCAAUGUCACUCCAGGGUCCUGCAUUCUGACGCCUCGUACUGCAAAACCCUACUGGAUGACAACAGCUCCUCUGCUCUGAUAAUCCUGGGCUUCGUUAUGAUGUCUCCACUGAUUGUGCUGGCCAUGGCUGUGUACUGUGGCCUAGCCAGGAGACUGCGGCUCUUCAUGUGUUUCCAGCCCUACACACGGGCUCUGUAUAAGGGGGUGCGAUGGAGAUGGUACGAAGAGGGCGGAAUAUGUGGCUGUGCCAGAGAAUGGAAUAACCAUGUCAAAGCAUGGGUAUAAAUGUUCCACAGACUGAUACCAAGUUAUUAUUUCUCUUUGCCCUUCUGGAAAGACCCCUCCUUCGUUCCUAGUGCAUUAAUAAACUCAGGUCUUCUGCAAAGCUUUCUGGUUAGUUGCAAAGAACAGUUACCAGCUGCCAAAUCAACCCCUCUUUCCUUUUCCUUUAUGUCCUUGUUUAAUGGAGGUCAAUACAAAUAGUAUUUCUUGUCUGCUAUCAGGACCCUGAUAACAGCACCCAGAAAACUAUAUUUAUUCAUCCCAAUAUUACAGGUUGUCUAUAUGUAGUGUGCACUGGCUAUUUAUGCUUAUUAUUGAAGAGCCUACUCAUAGGAUUCUAUUGGUGUAUUGUAUUUUGUUAAUUGUGUACAGAACAUCACAACUGUGUUUGGGUGGCAGUAAGUAUCCAUUGGUAAUUACAUUGUUAGAGCCAUUAGGUGAUGUAUUAGCUGCAUUUACAGGGGAUAUGUCCUGCAGUGCUCACUGUAUGAAGUAGAUUUACUGUAUAUACAUCAUCUGCAGCAUGUAAAGCACUGUUCUCAACAAAGCACUGCACAUUUGCAUGUUAUUCACGGCAACUGGAAAGUGACAUCUGCUAAGGCAGCAGCAUCCUCUGGGUUAUGUUGUGGCACUGCCUUUAAAAUGCCUAAUAGUCGGGACUAUAAAUAAGAAUGAAAAUGUCUGUCUCUCUCUUUUUCUGUCUGUCUUGCCCUAUCUGUUUUCUAACACCAUUACAGUAUAUUCCACAAAAUAUACCCAGAGAGAAAGAAGGCAUCUUAACACGUAAUAAAGGUAUAUUGGUGUUUCAUUCUCUAUGUAAUUUAAUCUUAGCCAAGGGAAAUCAGUCCGUUAUCUGAAUGUUGUACAGUAACUGAUUUUUUGUACAUUUUUGCCUAAUUCUUAAAUGUAAUAAAUUUGCACUGUAUUAGGGAAAGAUUGGAAAACACUGUAUUAAGGAAAUAUUGGAAAACAAUAAAGAUAUCCUUAUCGCA